GUAGUUGGUGCAAUCGAUUGUGCGCAUGCGAUAACAGAUGAGGAAAAAUUGUUGUUGCAUUUAGGAUUUGCAUUAUAUUUGUAUGACGACUGCGCUCGCCUAAACAAACUGCUGCUAUAAAAUGGACGCUAAAUUGGAUAUGUUUGAGGACGUCAACACAUCGCCCUCACUGGAGGGCGACAUGUCGAUACCCGGCAGACGAACAACGACAACCACAUCACAGAAUGGUGUGCCCGACUAUAAUACCCUGGAUGAACCUAUUCGUGAAACUGUGCUGCGGGAUAUACGUGCUGUGGGCAUCAAGUUCUAUCAUGUGCUCUAUCCCAAAGAGAAGUCGAGUCUGCUUCGCGAUUGGGAUCUGUGGGGUCCAUUGGUGCUCUGCACCUUCAUGGCUACCAUACUUCAGGGCUCCUCGUCAGCAGACAGUAUGGCUGACAAUGGGCCUGAGUUUGCUCAGGUCUUUGUUAUUGUUUGGAUAGGUGCUGCCAUUGUAACGCUCAACUCCAAGCUGCUAGGUGGCAAUAUAUCAUUCUUCCAAUCGGUUUGUGUACUCGGAUAUUGCCUAACUCCCGUAGCGUUGGCCUUGAUCAUUUGUCGCGUGAUCUUGAUGGCGAAGCAUACACGUUUUCUUUUCUUUUUGCGCUUUGUUACCACCACAUUGGGUUUUACCUGGGCAACGUAUGCUUCAUUCAUCUUUCUGGGACAAAGUCAGCCGCCACAUCGCAAGCCGCUUGCCGUCUAUCCCAUAUUUCUAUUCUUCUUCAUCAUAUCUUGGCUGGUGUUGUCGCAUAAUUAGUAGACCCCUUGCCAUCUCUAUGUUUAGUUGCUACACUUACUGUUUGUACUUUCCAUAGCAUUUAACCAAAUUGAUUGUAAAUUUAUAAGCUAGAAUUGUUGACUUUUAUUUGGUUUACUUUAUUGUUAAAUCUUAGAAAUUACAUGUAUGUGUGUGUGCGUGUGUGUGGAUGACUUGACUGUUGCGGUUUAGACAUCGAGACUGUUGGCAGAAGAGGCCACCUCGAGAGACAUUUGCAUUUGGACGCCAUCGCCCUUAGUGGGGCGAUAAGUUAACGAAUUGGCCCUCGCCUUGCGUCCCAUAAAGUGUCGUUCCACCCACUUGAGCAGCGUGUAAACGGAGUCUGUUGAGGGUAAACGAUGAUCGGCAGCGGUCUUCACAAUGUCCGAUGAUGUCACGCGGAAUGUGCGGGCCAUACCUUUAAGAGCCUAUUUGCAACGAGAGAGAUGCAAUUAGCUGCAAGUCAUAUUCGUUAUGAGCUUGUUAGUUUACUUACCACCAUGGCAUCCUCAUCGGUCAAAUCGUCACCCACAUAGAUGAUUUUGAUGCGCUCAUUCCAAUCCACACCAAACGAUGUGCGCAAUAUAUAGAUCGCAGCACGACCCUUGUUCCAUUCCACUGGAGGACGCGCCUCAAGCGCACAAUGCGCCUCCGUUGCCCUGAAGCCAUAUUUCUCGAUCAGACUACGCGCCUUGUCCACCAUAUCGGGGCGCAACUGUACGGGUGUCUCGCGAUAAUGGAAUGUGAGCAGCGCACCUUUGUUUUCUACCCAGGCGCCAUCACGGCACACCGAGUCCUGCAAUGCCUUCAGCAGAUGGCUGACCUUGUCCUCGUACUCAAUGGGCAUGGGAUGCACAAACUUGCUGCCAUCGGGAUGCAGGAUUU